AUGCAGAUUAUCGGAGUUCCAUCCGGCGCUGAUGAAGUCAAAGUGUUGACAAGCCAAACACAUACAUUUAAGCUCUGUAGAGUGUGAUACAUGACCAAAGAUUUUUGCUCUGGACGAGAAUCUAAACGUUGGGUCUUUCUAAUAUAUUUCUCUCUGUAAAGGCUGGAUUAGAUGUCGUUUGCUCAUAAAGUUGUUCUUUGGGUGAUACAACGGCGGGGUUACCUUGUAAGACUGAACAAAAGGCAGAAUUUUUUUUCACAUGUUAUUGUUUUGUAGUAAAGCCGACUUCCGUUCAGUAAAUUUAACCUCCAAGGUAAUAUUUUUCAAUGACAUUGUGAGGGUAGCCACUAGUACGAACGCUUGUUAGUUAACUGAGUAGUUUGUUUUAAACUGUAAGGUGUUCACCUUUCAUGAGACCUUUCUAAUCUUUUCUGGAGCUAUAAAGUCAAGCACAAAAUUUCUCAAGCUCUAAAGUGCACUUACGUUUUUUUCCGCUUAAGUCAGCAGACGUUCAUGUGGCAGGAAUGCAUGACCAACCCUCAAGAACAUCUGCGUGGGAGGCUAGAUUAUUGAUCAAUUUGCAAGCAUCAAGAAGUUUUUAGUGAAGUAACUAAAACCUUGAUCAUUAAGGUUUCUCUAGAUUAGCAUAAAUUUACUUUGUGCAGCUGUCUAACAGUAUAUACCAUUAUUUUUAUCAAAAGCCAAGUUCUGCUAAGAGUUAGAUUAUUACUUGAGUGAGUUAGUACAGAUAUGCAUUUAUUUACCUUUAAGUAUCAGAUUCUUUACUGAGUUAUUGACUCAGAUGACAGAAUAUCUGACUUUUACAGUGCAAACUUCUAAGUGGCUUAUGAUAGACUGAUUAACUGACUGUCAAAUAAUGUUUGGUGAUGUUCUGGAUAGAAAACAAGCCUCUCCAGACUAUAAAAUUAUUGAUGUAUUUAGUCGCCAAAUUGGAUUUUUCCUAAGGGUUUCAGUAGUCCACGAGUUUGGUCAAAAAUUUGAAAUUUCUCUUUGCUUGUAUUUAGGCAAAAUAGGCAUAGGAAUUGUGUUUGGAGAUGUUUUGGAUAGAAAAUAACCCUUUCCAGACUAUAAAAAGAUUAAUUUUAUAUGGUUGCCAAAUUUGAUUUUUCCUAAGGGCUUAGUCCAUGAUUUUGGUCUGUUCAAUAAUUUGACAUUUCUUCAUGUUUCUUUUUUUGUGAAAAAGGCCUAGAAAAAGUCUUUGGAUGUGUCCUGGAUAGAAAACAAGCCUUUCAAGACUAUAUAAAUAACUGUUUUAGACAGUCCCCAAAUUUGAUUUUUCUCAAUUGAAUUGAAUUGAAUUGAAUUAAGGGUUUAGUCCAUGAUUUUGGUCAAAAAUUUGAAAUUUCUUCUUGGUUUGUAUUUGGCAAAAUAGGCCUAGAAAUUGUAUUUGGUGAUGUUUUGGAUAGAAAACGUUUCUUUUCCGACUAUAAUAAUGUUGAUUUUGCAUGGUCAUCACAUUGGAUUUUUCCUAUGGGGUUAAUCCAUGAUUUUGGUCAAAAAUUUGAAAUCUUUUGUUUGUUUGUUUCUCUUUGAGCAAAAUAGGCUUAGAUAUAGUUUUUGGUGAUGUUAUGGAUACAUGACAAGCGUUUACAGACUAUAAAAAUGUUUAUUUUACAUGGUCGCUAAACUGGUUUUUAUAAGGGGUUAGUCCAUGAUUUUGGUCAAAAAUUUCAAAUUUCUUUAUUGUUCCUUUUUGAGUAAGAUAGACUGGGAAAUAGUGUGUGGUAAUGUUGUCAUAGAAAACAAGCCUUUCCAGACUACAGCAAUAUGGAUUUUACAUGUUCGCCAAAUUGGGUUUUUCCUGCGGGGUUAGCCCAUGAUUUUGGUCAGUUUGACCACUUUUGAUUUAUUCACAUUCUUUUGUGCAGAUUUAAUCCAAUCAGAAGCCAGCUGGAAACUGUUCUUGACUUCUGAUUGGUUAAUUUCUGCAUGAAAGAAUGUGAAUUAAUUAAAGGAGGUCACACUUCUGGGUUCGUUGCUGUAAUGACUUCAUGAUGUGAAUCAAGAUUACUGCAAUUGUUGAUGAAAAUGACUGAUUUUUCAUUUCAGAUCAGAUGUGUCCAGCAGAUGUGUCAAGACUUCAACAGCAGGGAUUUUAAACUUAUCUUCAGUACUGUAAGUGCUGCAUAGAUUGCUUUGUAAUCCAGCUAUUGAGUGAACCAGAUAAACUGAACUCAUGCAGCUUGUUUAAAGCAAGAUUGACAUACAGUUUCAUCAGCUUUUGGUGGCUAUACCUGGCCUAAUUUAACACAAAUUCAAAACUGUUUCAAAUUUAAUGUCACUGUAAAAUUAGAGAUACAUAUCUAAAUAUAAUUGAUAAGUGAAAGAAAAACACUACUUGAGUGACUUGACUUCUUCUUGCUGUUAACAUUUGGCAGCUGUUUCCUGUUUACUCAUGGGAAGACAGCGAUUCAACAAAAUUUUCAGACUCAGAGGAAGAAUAUAUGGCUACUCCUGACUGACAGACUGAUUAACUGACUGACAUAUCAACUGACUGAGUGACUGACUGAGUAAGGAGGGAAGGGUACUGUUAUCACAGCAGGAGUGCCUUUUGCUAGUAUAGUCGAGGGGUUGGGGUUAAUUUAUUGUAUUGUAAUUAUAAUAUUAUGUGCUAAAUUAUUCCAACAUGUUUGCUCACUGGUAUUCAUGAAAAUGUGAUGCAGUCAAACCUUUUUAAUACUGGGUACUAUGUGGACCAUAUUAACAAGUUGUCUGUACUGAGCAGGUUGGUUUUAGAGAGAGAUUAAGGGCUGUCUGUCCCUAGGGACAAAGCAAACUUUCUGUAAUAGUUAAAUAAGCUUUCCGAACUAAGCAGGCGUCUGUAAAGCAAGGUUUGACUUGAGUGGGAAAUUAGUCUGUUCUGAAAAUAACUGAUGAGCUUCAUUGUUUCCAGAUCAGAUGCCACAGAAAGACUGAACAAGGACCUUCAUGAGCCAAGAACCUCUGUUAUCUUCAGUACUGUAAGUGCUGUAUGAUUUGUGUUUUAAUCCAGCUCUUAAAAAAAUUAAAAAAAAAAACAUAUAAACAGAACUGUUUCGUUAAAAGUUUCAUUAAGCUAUACCAUGUACCUUAAAACAAACUUGUAAUUCUCAGUAAACCCUGUAAUGACUAGUAGCCCCCUUUAACCAGCUGUUACCCCCUGUAACCUCUUGUAUUCUUUUUUGACCACUCAUAACGGUCUAUAAAAUUGAUACCAGAAGUGUUGUUUGCUAGAACAGUCAAGGGGUGGAUGUUUAUAAAUAUUAUAAUCGUAUGUGAUAAAUUAUUCCAACAUGGUUGCCCUCACUGGUAUUCAUGAAAAUGUGAUGCUGUCAAACCUUUCUAGUAUUGGCACUAAGGGGGCCAUAGAAAGUGUCCGUAUUCACAGUUUGUCUGUUUUCUGAGAAGGGUGUAUUUGGAAAAAGUUUAAAGGCUUUCUUUCCCCAGGGACAAAGUAAACUGUCUGUAAUAAUAAGCUUUCCAACAAAACAGGCGACUGUAAACUAAGAAAGGUUUGAAUGUAAUGGGAAAUUGGUCUGUUGUGAUAAUCACCGAUGAACUUCAUUGAAUAUUUUAAACUUUUGUUUCCAGAUCAGAUGCCACAGAAAGACUGGACAAGGAUUUUCACGAGCAAGGAGCCUCUGUUAUCUUCAGUACUGUAUGUACUCUAUGUUUUGCUUUGUAAUCCAGCUCUUGAGUGAACCAGAUAAACAGGAUUGUUGGCCAGGUGAUUUUAAAGUCUGAUUAAGCUAAUCCAGGGAAAGCUGUUGUAACAUAGUUAUGUUGUACUUAAUUCUUUCAUUUCACAGUUAUUUCACCAUCAAGUGUACCACUUUUGGGAGUAAAAGUUUAUCAAUCUUACUUUUUCCAAUAAAACAACAACAACAACAAUUAAAACUAAAAAAAAUGCGGAAUAAAAUGCAAAAUAAAAUUAAAUCAAGUACAGUUGUACAGCUUGGUCAACAUUGUGUUAUUUAGUGAGAAAUUUGCAGAAUAUGAUCAUCCAAUUGAGUGUAGUUCUGAACAGCUACAGCUGUUGGGGAUUCAGUGACUGGCACAUCAAAAGUGCAUUAAAGAAAUCAGCAGGGUUGAACAAAUAUUUUGUUAGUAACUUCUGAAUAAAGAAUAUUGGGACUUCAAGACCAAGCAAAUAAAAUCUUUAUUGGGAUUCAUUCAGCAUUUCUGUUGAACUUUGUAUGAAUUAGACAUUUUUCAUUAAAUAUUGCUCACAAACACAAGUUUUGUCUGCAGGGAAUCAUAAUACAAAGACAGCUCAAACUCAUUGAAAUCUGUUUGGUUCCAAGAACAGUAAUAGUUAGAUUGACCGCUAAAAUUCCAGGAGACAUGCACUUGUUGGUGAAGUACUCAUUAUCAGAAAACUAAUGCCAAAACCGUGGGCGGUUGAAGUUUUCUCCUGGAUUAGCAUUUAUCGACUUUGUUCAACUGUGUCACACAUUUGAAACAAUAGCCAAGUUCUGCUGUUAUAAUAAUAAUAAUAAUAAUAAUAAUAAUAAUAUUAUUAUUAUUGUUAUUAUUAAUACAUAAUAAUAAUAAUAUUAUUAUUACUAUUAUGUUGUUAUUUUAGUACUUGUUAGUGUAGAUAUGCAAUCCAUAUUGUACCCUCAAAUUUCUUACCACAUUGAUCUUUUCAACUGA